AUGCACCUCGACCUCAGCAACAACCGGCUCUCCGGCGAAAUCCCCGCGGAUCUCGGCAAGCUCUCCAUGAUGAGUCGAGCCUUGCUGAGUCGGAACCAACUCACUGGGCCAAUCCCGAGUUCAGUCGCCAACAUUUACCGACUGGCCGACCUAGAUCUCUCGAUGAACAAAAUAUCUGGCCCAAUCCCCGCACAACUCGGCAAAAUGCCGGUCCUGUCAACUCUGAAGCUAGACAGCAACCAAAUCUCCGGCACAAUUCCGGCGAGUUUGCUGGGCGAUAGCGGCCUAAAUAUUCUAAAUCUGAGCCGAAACUCUCUCGAGGGCUACAUACCCGACGUUUUCGGCCCGAAAACGUACUUCGCGGCACUUGAUUUGUCUUACAACAAUUUGAAAGGUUCGGUUCCGAAAUCGAUAUCCUCGGCACGGUACAUAGGGCACAUGGAUCUGAGCCACAACCACCUCUGCGGGCGGAUUCCGGACAGCGCGGCGUUCGACCACCUCGAUGCGUCGUCGUUCAUAGCGAACGAUUGCCUCUGCGGGUGGCCGCUGCAAACGACCUGUUAG